CACUGGCAUCGUGUGAAACUUUAGCAGAAGGGUAUAUCUGUUUUGACCUUUUGGAGCAGUAGUUUCGUCCGCUAAAUUUCGAUGAUCGUAAUAUAGUAUUGUUUUUGGAUCUAGAGAAUGUUUCGAUUUAAAGGUGCAGUUUCUUUUUGCAUUCGAAAUGGAAGUAAAAGAUUUGAUUCCAAAUUACAUAAUUUGACGCGGCAUCAGCGGCUUGCACCUUCUGUGAAUAGGUUAGCAUGUAGUUGUUACAGUACAAAUGCCCUGUAUCAUAACCAAUUAAAAAGGUCACCUUUUGUUCUAUCAUCUAUAAGACAGUUUUCAUCUGAUGGCUUGCCACCUCACCAUCGUGUUCCUCUCCCAGCACUUUCUCCCACAAUGGAAAUGGGUACCAUUGUGUCAUGGGAGAAAAAGGAAGGAGACAAAUUAAACGAAGGUGAUCUUUUAGCUGAAAUUGAAACAGAUAAAGCAACAAUGGGGUUUGAAACUCCCGAGGAAGGAUAUUUGGCCAAAAUUUUAGUUCCGGCUGGUAGCAAAGAUGUACCACUAGGCAAGCUUUUAUGCAUUAUUGUAUCUAAUGAGGCUGACAUAGCAGCAUUUAAAGAUUUUGUUGAUUCGGGUGAAGCUGUAAAGCCAGCUGCUGCAAAACCUUCUGCACCACCACCACCACCACCUCCUGCUGCACCAGUGUCCUCUGCCCCACCUGUUCAUCCUCCACAGCCAGUUCCGUCAGCUCCAUCUCCUGGCUCUGGAGCUUCUCGUAUAUUUGCUAGUCCACUCGCCAGGUCUCUUGCAAGAGAUAAAGGCAUUGAUUUAAGUAGUGUACAAGGAUCUGGUCCUGGUGGUCGUAUCAGGGCUCAAGAUUUAGAGGGAGCUGUUCCAGCUGCUCCUGCAGGAAUGCCAGCUACUGCUCCUUCUUUUCAGUUUAUCGAUAUACCAAUGACAAAUAUUAGACAGGUGAUAGCUCGCAGAUUAUUGCAGUCUAAGCAGACAAUUCCUCACUACUAUCUUUCUGUUGAUGUUCAGAUGGAUAGAAUUUUACGAUUAAGAGCCGACUUAAAUGAUAUGUUAAAAAAAGAUGGUGUAAAAUUAUCUGUAAAUGAUUUUAUUGUUAAAGCUGCUGCCUUGGCAUGUAAAAAAGUGCCUGAAGUGAAUUCCUCAUGGAUGGAUACUUUUAUUCGACAGUACAACUCUGUUGAUGUCAGUGUUGCUGUCAGUACAGAUGCUGGUCUCAUUACACCGAUUGUAUUCCGUGCUGAUGCAAAAGGAUUGUCUACAAUAAGUUCAGACACUAAAACCUUAGCAACAAAAGCACGAGAGGGCAAAUUACGGCCAGAGGAAUUUCAGGGUGGAACAUUUACUAUAUCAAAUUUAGGAAUGUUUGGAAUUAAGAAUUUUUCAGCUGUCAUUAAUCCACCUCAAUCCUGUAUUCUUGCUGUUGGAAAUACUGAAAGUACUUUAAUUCCUGAUGAAAGUAGUGAAAAAGGUUUUAGAGCUGCAAAAGUGAUGAGUGUUACUCUAAGUUGUGAUCACAGAGUUGUUGAUGGAGCUGUUGGAGCUCAGUGGCUAGCCCAUUUUAAGAAACUACUAGAACAACCAGAACUUAUGCUUUUAUAAAUAAUUUAUUGAAUUAUAUGUGGUUACUUGAUAAUGCUUCUUUUUAUGUUCGACUGACAAUUGAAACUCAGUUUCUAUUUAUAAUUAAGGGUACUUCAUCAGUCAUUCAAAAUUUGUAAUAUAGAUUUUUAUUUUGUACAAAUAAAUUAUGUCAUGUGAAUAUUUGUUGGCUUAUCAAAAUUAGAAACCUUGUAUAUCAUCUUCUAAUAAAAUUCAUUUUUUAUUGUUGUGUCUGGAAA